CUCUGUCAACCACUGUCUGUCUACACAGCUUAGUACUAAAGAUACACACAGACUAGCCUAACUUAUUACAACAUUCCACAACACUGUUCUUCGAGACGUUCAAAAAGUAACGUUAGCUACUUGAGCAGGAGCCACCUGCAGUAGCAUGUCUCUGCAACCACUGACUGCAGUGAACUGUAGCAGCCUCCUGCAGCCUGGCUGCUCCCUGUUACAGCUGGAUGGUGACAUAUUUCUGUUCGGUCAGAAAGGCUGGCCCAGGCGCUCCUGUCCUACUGGGGUCUUCGGGGUACGCCUAAAGCAUGGGGAGCUCAAACUGCGACCCAUCUCCUUCUCAAAUGACUCCUGCUAUCUUCCCCCUCUGCGUUGUCCUGCCGUGACCCGCCUUGAGCCCCAUGAUGGACACCCAGAGGGCUACCUCAUUCAUGGAGGCCGAACCCCAAACAACGAGAUAUCCUCCAGCCUCUACCUGCUGACCCUGGACAGCCGUGGCUGCAACCGCAAAGUGACCCUGCGCUGUCAGGAGAGAGAGUUGGUGGGAGAGCAGCCAGGGCCCCGAUACGGCCACACACUUAGCAUGGUGCAGAGUCUGGGCAAGCGGGCCUGCGUUGUGUUUGGGGGCAGAUCCUACAUGCCGGCCGGGGAGCGGAGCACAGAGAACUGGAACAGCGUUGUGGACUGCCCUCCUCAGGUGUUCAUCAUCGACUUAGAAUUUGGCUGCUGCUCUGCCCACACCUUACCUGAGCUCACUGACGGCCAGUCCUUCCACCUAGCUUUGGCAAGAGACGACUAUGUCUACUUCCUUGGUGGCCACACUCUGUCGUCUGACUCUCGUCCUCCUCGUGUGUUCUGCCUGCGUGUGGAGCUCCUGCAGGGCAGCCCUCUGCUCUCCUGUAAGCACCUGGACACCGGCCUGUCCAUCUCCAGUGCUAUUGCCACCCGUGUGGGGCCCUCCCAUGAGUACAUUAUCCUGGGUGGGUAUCAGUCAGAGACCCAAAAGAGGAUGGAGUGCAGCAGUGUGGUGCUGGAUGACUCUGGGAUCAGCAUCGAGCCCAGAGAGGCCCCUCAGUGGACAGGGGAAAUCAGCCACAGCCACACCUGGUUCGGAGGCAGCUUGGGUGAAGGGAGCGCUCUGAUUGGGGUCCCCUCUGAGGGCAGGCCAGCCCCGCCCGAAGCACAUUACUUCUACCAGGUGUGCUUCCAAAAGGAGGGGGAAGGAGAGGGUGAAGACGGGAACCAGGGCUGCAGCCAGGAGUCCACAGACUUUGAGGACUCCGCCCCUCUGGAGGACUCUGAGGAGCUGUACUUCGGCCGCGAGCCCCAUGAGCUGGAGGACAGCAGCGAGGGAGAGGGGGAUACGUACAAUGAAGAGGAUGAGGAGGAUGAGACCCAGACAGGCUAUUGGGUCAAAUGUUGCCUGGGCUGCCAGGUGGACCCCAACACUUGGGAGCCCUACUACUCCACAGAACUGCUGCGGCCAGCCAUGAUCUACUGCUCCAAAGGGGAGGGAGGCCACUGGGUCCAUGCCCAGUGUAUGGAGCUGACAGAGGGCCUGCUGGUGAGGCUCUCGCAGGGAAACGGCAAGUACUUCUGCCUGGACCACGGGGGCCUGCCCCACCAGGAGAUGACCCCGCCACGCCAGGUGCUGUCCCUGAAGAGGAGCCCCAUGAAACCCCAGCACAGGAAGGGCCCAAUGAUGCCGAAGAUGACACCCGCCAAGAAGCGCUUCUUCAGGAGGCUGUUUGAGUGAUGUCUGACCAUGCAGUAUAGUUAUACUUACCCAUUGAUCAACUGGUUCAUAAUAUGUCAUUCUAAAUGCCAUAUCAUUGAUUGAUGUGCCAUUGCAGCAAUUUACUGUUCUCAAACUUAUAAGUAAAUCAGUAAACAUAAUUAUUUUUUGUGCUGGUUUUUUGAUUCCUUACAGUGUUCAAUAUUUUAUGUAAUAAACUAAAGUUUUGCAAGAAAAAUGUAUGAAACCGAAUUGAAUAAAAAUGGAAAUUAAA